GAUGCGCAGAUCAGUACUGACGCAGACCAACUGACACUUCGCGAAUGUUGACACUUAUUUGUGAUUGAUAAUUUCGUUUUAAUUACAGUAACAAACUAUUUUCAAUAUUGAAAAAUGACACGACACGCUAGAAAUUGUACUGCAGGAGCAGUUUACACUUAUCAUGAAAAAAAGAAAGACGCUUCUGCAUCUGGUUAUGGAACAAAUUCACAAAGAGUUGGCAAGGAUUCACUUAAAAAUUUCGAUUGCUGUUGUUUAACUUUACAACCCUGUCGAAUUCCUCUUGUCACAAAAGAUGGUUAUUUAUUCGAUAAGGAGGCAAUUUUAGAGUACAUUCUAACAAAAAAAAAGGAAUACUCGAGACAAUUGAGAGAAUAUGAAAAGCAAACACAAAAGAAACAGAACGAAGUACAAGAGAAAACAGCGAACGAAGAAUUGGAGAAACUAAAAAAAUUUCUCAAUGGCGAGAAAAAUAUUGUAUCACAAAAUUUAAUGAAAAAAAGAGAGGAAGCAUCAACGUCAAUUUCAAAUAUGAGCAAUGGACAGGAUAAGGUAUUGCCAAGUUUUUGGAUUCCAGCCAAAACACCUGAAUCAAAAGAGAUUCAACUUCAAAAACCAGAUAAAACUAUUUACUGUCCAAUUAGUGGAAAUAUUUUAAAAGUCAAAGAUUUAAUUCCAGUGAAAUUUACUGAAGUUAAAGAUCCUGAUGAUAAACGUUCAAUUAUUGUCAAAGAAGCAAGAUAUAUGUGUCCAAUCACACACGAUGUUCUAAAUAAUAGUGUACCUUGUGCAGUUAUAAAAACAACAGGCGAUGUUGUAACAAUGGAAUGUGUUGAGAAACUAUUGAAAAAAGAUUGGAUUAAUCCUUUGGAUAAUUCAAAAAUUUCUGAAAGUGAUAUAAUACCACUUCAAAGGGGAGCUACUGGAUAUUCGGCUGUUAAUGAUAAUUUAGAAGGAAAACACGAGAGACCAGUUUUACAAGCGUAAAUACUGGUAAAUAAUUUUGGGCAACAUCUACAAUUUCCUAGAAUAAAAAAAAGAAAAAAAAAUAGAGACCAAUCUUUAUAAUUAUUAAGUAAUUUACUUUUUAUUUAUAAUUUUUCUUAGCCAAUUAUUUAGAUUAUUUUCAAGAUAAAAAUUUCUUUCUAAUUUAAUUAUUCUUUCUAUUAAUUCAUUAAAGUACGUAUUUUUCUUUUCUCUUAAAAAUUUUUCCAAUUUUAAAGAAACAAGAGAAUUUCAAAAGAAAUAAAUUUUAUAAUUAAACAACAAUUAUAAAUAAUAAUUAUUUUUAUUUUGUUAGUCCAUUUAUAACUGUUAAUAAAAAUUAUUAUUAUUACUAAAA